GCCUCUUAAUUCUUCCCUUGUCGCCGCCUUCCCCUCGCAGGCUAACAGACAUCCCCACACACACAACUUGAUCUCCUUCAACCUACCUUUGUGCCACUAGAUUUCAUUGUCAUUAUUCUUCAAUCCAACCUCUCUAUCGUCCAUUCAUUCAUCAAUUUCUUCAUUACUUGUUCAAUGACCUCUGGUCAAUCUCUUUUUCCUCCAACAAAGACGGCGUCGCUUUCUCGCUCCUCGAGAGCUGCAUCCCGUCAUGAAAGCCUACCUCUAGCUCCUUGGGGCUGGUCACAAUCUCUGAAAGCACCAGACGAACACCAGACAGCAUCAUCAUCCAUGACAUCUUCCGGAACGGAUCUAGACCAGGACAUCCCGCUUACAGACAAUAACGAGCACCUACCCCCCUCAGAAACCGAUGGUGUCUCCAUGUCACCAGCUAUGAUGUUCCUAUCUGCGUUUAGCCCCUCCGCUCCAAAUCCACCAUCACCGGAUGCAGAAGGCGAAAUUAUUCAUGGCUAUGUCCUCGGACCAAUUAUUGGUUAUGGGGGGUUUUCUGCAAUCAGACGUGCCUCAUCCCCUUCCGGUGGCGUCGUUGCUGUCAAAAUUGUCCGUCGCUCUGAUUUGGAGAAACAAACAAACCCCUCUUUAGCUAGAAGGCGUCUCAAUCAUGAGGCCCAGGUGUGGGCUUCCUUAUGUCACGAGCAUACCUUGCCUCUCUUUUUUGCCGAACACACUCCCUUCGCCGACUUCUUCUUCUCUCUACUAUGUCCCGCUGGAUCCCUGUAUGAUAUUCUCCUAAGGGACGGUCGUCCCGCUCUGCCUCACGAUGAUGCAGGCAUGAUGUUUCGGCAAAUUGUACGAGGCGUACGUUACCUGCACGAAGUCGCAGGUUAUGUACACAGGGAUAUCAAGCUCGAGAAUGUUCUUGUAGACGAGAUGGGUAUCUGUAGAAUUUGCGAUUUCGGCAUGACUCGCAAAAUCGGCGAAGUCGACGAUGACGAGCCCCUUCGCGAUGCUGAGGACAACUCUGCCAUCCACCGUCACCGUUCCUCUCUUAAAUCUGCAAAAUCUAGCUUGUCUGCCCACCUCUCAAUUCUACGCCACCAUGGUCCUAGGCGUCAUCGCAUAUCAACCCCUGUCGGCGAAAACCCUCCACCUGUUCAUCCAUCCCAUGUUUUCCAGGAAGGCUCUCUACCCUACGCUUCUCCUGAGCUUCUUCAACCGAAAGCUACACGGUUCAACGGUGCUAAUCCAGCUCAGGAUAUCUGGGCUCUGGGUGUUCUGCUUUAUGCACUUCUGACCGGCCGUCUCCCCUUUUCCGACUCAUUUGAGCCACGACUUCAGAUGAAAAUCCUGCACGGUGUCUAUGAUAUGCCUUCUGGUAUCAGUCGUGGAGCUGAGCUUGUUCUCAAAGGCUGUUUAGAGCGUAGCGUCCGCACCAGAUGGACGAUCGCGAUGGUUGAUGAGAUGGCUUGGGGUGUUGGACUUGACGACGACGACACAUCUCCUGAAGCAGAGGAUAAAUUUGAUUUCGUAGAUUAUUCCGGCCGCCGAUCUCCAUCAUCAUCCCAGUCGCGCUCGCGCUCUUGUGCAUGGCGUGAUAACAACCCAAACCCAGCUCAUGCAGAAGAAGCGCCUACAAGGCGGUCCAAGCGUUCCCUUUCCCGUGCCUCUGCCUCAACUGCGAGCUCGCUCUCAACACGAUGUACGAGUCGCAGUAUUUCCCGUCCACCGGUCGUUCGUUACCCAAUGUCUCCCACAUAUGAUGAGCUCAGUCAUUCAGUGGUGAGCGCCUCGACGUCUCUCUCUGUGCCGCCUCUUGACAUUGGCGGCCCUGCUCUUCUUGCCUCGCCAGGGCCAUCGCUUGAGCGUGGCCGGAGACCGAAGAAGGCAGGAUUUCUACCCUCGAAUCGGUGCACACCAUCAUUAGCGACGUCUUCCCGACCAUCAGAAUACGCUCCAGACCCAGGAGAUCUUGACGCCGACGUAGACAUGUUGGGCGACACCGCUCGAUGGGCGUCUACUCUAGGCGUCAACGCUGUAGCAGAAACUACUGUUCACCGCAGUGGCACCACUUCUGCGAUCGAGCGUUUGAAAGCCAUACAGGAAGCACAGCCGCCUCAAAAGAACAAAAGGGCUGAGAGCACACCUCCAGCGUCGGGUGCCUGGCCACGGAGAACGCGGCUUCGGAUCAAGGAAGACUCUUCUUCCUACCGCGCAGCAGAAGUUCAUGGAGUGGGCGGAUUCCUUAGAGACCCAAGCGCCACUCCCAUACCCAUCACGCCCAAAGGUGGUGCUCGAAGCCGGAGCGUUGGGCAUGACACCAAUCACGCCUACCGCCGCCCUCACUAGCUGUAUCACCACCCCUAUUUAUCCCCUCAAAUUGCAAUUUUCGUUCUGGGGACAUCGGAUUUGUGAGUUGCUGAUUGAACCAUUGUUAUUUAACUUGCUUUUGUCUCAUCAUUGUAUUUUGUAUCAAUCCCGAGGACUUUCGGUACAUACGACCCUUUUGUCUUUUGUUUUUUCUCUCGUGAUGUUCUUGAUUCUGGAACGUUUUGUUUUGUUGGUUACGUUUGGUGUUUGAUGUUUGGGAUACCCUUGAUAGCAAAACUUAUAUUACGCAUGCCUUACUUACUUACCAGAUUGUACUACUUGUCACAUCGUCAAUGGAAUCUCGAGCGCCUCA